AUGUCGGAACCUGAUUCUCCAAUGGAGUUCCAAGAUGAGAUGAUAGAUAUUGACCAUUUAAUUAUGGAAAUCGAAGGGAGAUCACCUUUGUGGGAUAAAUACUCGAAAUCAUACAGCGAUCGCAUACUGAAGACACGUUUGUGGGAGGAGGUUUGUCAAAACGUUAUACCGAAGUGGGAGGAACUAACCAAGGAUAAAAAUAAAAAGACCGGUGCUGACUUACAAAAAAAGUGGAAGAACUUAAAAGACUGUUUCUCAAGAGAAUUAGCUUCGCAAAAGAAAAGUGUGUCUGGUGAAUCGGGGAAGAAGAAACGCAAGUACAUUUACUUCGAUCAACUUUCGUUCUUGAUAGCUAUUAAUACUCCUAGGGAUACUAGUAGUAACGUCAAACCUAUGGAAGAAUGCGCGAAAUCUGACAUUCAGUCGGAUGAGGAAAAUACCCAACCAAAGCAAGACACUAGACGUUCUAGACAUCUACGUAAGAAACAGACAGGCGCUGAAGUAAAAAAAGGAAACACAGAUAUUGACGAAGAACUAUUGAAUAUAUUACGUGAAAAAAAGGAAAAAAACUUUGACGAGGACGUUAGUUUCGCUGAAAUGUUGAUACCAAUGCUAAGAAAAUUAGGUGAGGAUCAGAAAAUGUAUGCAAAAAUGGAAAUUUUAAACGCAAUGAACAGAGCCAAAAGAUAUGUUUCUGUUUCCCAGCCUCAGCCAGUUGUUGUGCAAACUGUAUCGCAGCCUAAUAUGCAUCCCGGUCACAUGUUUGCUUCACCUUUGUACCCGAAUACCAGUGCCACAUACAUUAAUUCUGAGCCGGGAACAUCUGCUUCUAAUUUUGUUACUUACUCCACGAAAUAUUGUAAUUCAUAG